UGAGCGCAGGCGCCUCUAUGCGCCUGCGCUGCCGUUGCCAGGUACCGCCGGCGAAAGGACAACUUAGACAAGGGGAGGGGGCAGCGGGGACUCCGGAAGGCCACUCUUUACCCGGAAGUGGUUGCAGAGGAACAUGGCGUUGCUGGUGCGAGUCCUUAGAAACCGGAUUUCCCAGUGGGUUCCAGUAUGCAGCCUAUUGGUACCUGUGUCCUCUACACAGGCACAGUGGGGCAGGGCUCUGUCUGGUACUUUCCAGUGGCCUCAGAUAAGCCAGUCCCUAGCAUGUGGUGUAUCAGAACAGAUUCCUGGGAUAGAUGUACAGUGGAAUAGGAAGUAUCAUACCACAAAUAAGCUUUUUACUACCAAGGAUUCCCCACAGCCUGUUGAGGAGAAAGUUGGUACCUUCACAAAAAUAAUAGAAGCCAUGGGAUUUACAGGACCUUUGAAAUACAGUAAAUGGAAGAUUAAGAUUGCGGCCCUGCGCAUGUAUACUAGCUGUGUGGAGAAAACUGACUUCGAGGAAUUCUUUCUAAGGUGUCAGAUGCCUGAUACAUUCAAUUCAUGGUUUCUUAUAACUCUGCUUCACGUCUGGAUGUGUCUAGUCCGAAUGAAACAGGAAGGCCGGAGUGGGAAAUACAUGUGUCGUAUCAUAGUUCAUUUCAUGUGGGAGGAUGUUGAGCAGCGUGGCAGAGUCAUGGGGGUUAAUUCUUAUAUCCUGAAGAAGAAUAUGAUCCUUAUGACAAACAAUUUCUAUGCAGCCAUCUUGGGAUAUGAUGAGGGAAUCCUUUCAGAUGACCAUGGGCUAGCUGCUGCGCUCUGGAGAACCUUCUUCAACCAGAAAUGUGAAGAUCCUCGACAGCUUGAAUUAUUGGUGGAGUAUGUGAGGAAACAGAUGCAGUACCUGGACUCCAUGAAUGGGGAGGAUCUGCUUCUGACAGGGGAGGUGAGCUGGCGCCCUCUAGUGGAGAAGAAUCCUCAGAGUGUCCUGAAGCCCCAUUCCCCAACUUAUAACGACGAGGGUCUUUGAUGGACUGGUCCCUCUGAACAGCUGGCCAGCUGGCUUUGAAGAACUGCCAGGAGAGAGGUGCUUGUUUGGCCCAGAACCCUGCAGAAAGUGGCCUGAACUGACCUUUGAACAGCAUCUGUCAAAUACCUGGCCCCAUUUGUGUUGAUUUUCCUUUUAAUAUGCCCAGGAGCCUGAUCUGGUGGGGUACAGUGCUGGGAGAACCCUUAGUUCUUCUGAGAUAUCCUCUCCCUCAAGAGAAGCCCUGAGCAAGAGCUCCCCAGCACACACUCCCCUAAUCCCCUCCAGUAACUAUGUGAUUGACAGCUUUUCCCAAAGGCUGCAGAGGGAUGGUGGUAAGUUAGAAACGGUACACUUCCACCAAGGGCCCACCAUGGCAAAGGAGCAGUUUGGAAUGCUGCUGAGUCAAGACGGGUAACCACACUCUGUCCUCUGGUUUUGAGCCAUGGGGUUGAGUUGGCCAUUAAAAGACACAGAGACAUAUCUCUGCAAUGACUCUUUAUUCUAGGGUUUUUUAGAAACUUAUCUGAGAUGGCAUUUGUCAUAAGCUGAGGAGCAUCACCCACCUCAGAGACAGGAUGGGGAGAGGGUCAAGAGGAUCUCUGCUGCUGUUCUUGCCUCCAGUUCAUGGAGAUGUCACUGUUGUGCCCAAGGCAUAGCCUGCCAGGCUCCAUCCUCUGGGAUCCAGGAGGCUUCUGAUGGCCAAGGGGCUUGUCACAUCCUGAGUUGUUUGGAAAGAAGACCCAAGAACAUAGGCCUCUUUGUCACUUCCCUAUUGAAUGGGGUGAGGGACAUGCUGUCUUUUCCUCUCUUGACUCCUUUAUGUGAGAUACUGGGGCAAAGAGAAUAUUUUUUUCUGGCUUAGUUGUACCAUCCCAGGGCCCACCCCCAUGCCCAGCUUUCUAGCUCCUUCCUAACUUCUAGAGCGUGUGCUACAGAGCCACCUUGGUCUGUGCUCUUGAGGGUCAGUUGCCUCCUCCCUGAGUAUGGGUCAUCUCUUGGGAGAUUUUCUUUGCAUUGAAGGAAGGGGGCGGGGAACCAUAUUGCCCCUCCUUCCCCCAUCAAACUUCCUUCAUUUAACUUGCUAUAAAAUGAGUCAUAUAAAGAAAUUCUAUAUGGGUGAGGUAUAUCCCACUUCUGUGAAAACAUUACAAAUCAGACCGCCUUCUCUGAGUUUAUUUAAGAUGCUUUUGUUGCAAGCGGAGUUCUAGAGUGAAGCCUCCUCUGUGUGUGUGAGAUAAUAACACCUUGUAACUCAUUACAGCUGGGCACUAUUUACAUAAACCAGAGCUGAGCCAGGCAGGAAUUUGCUGAUUAAUUUAUUUUUAAUGGAGUGAAGUAUACCAUGCACCAAAAUAAACUUUACUGUGUGUACCUAACUGCUCCUGGAAUGGAUGGAAAAAUUAAUGGAACAGAUUUUGGCUCCCAACUCCACACAUUAAUUCAUAUAUAAAAGUUACUUGAGCCUUAACCCAUUUGCUGCCCAGGGCAGCUCCCCAGCCGCAGAUCCCAGCCCACAGCACCAGUUCAGCUACUGGGCUUGCAUGGGAAUCACGGAAUUGCAGAUUUAGAAGAAACUUUAGAGGUCUCUUAGUUCAACCCUGGUCCAGAACUUGAUUCCCUUUCUCAGCAUCCCAGUUGGCCUAUGUUCAUACAGGCCGUUUAUGAAUGUCUCCAGCAGCAGAUGGUCCUGCCUGCAGAGCCAAGUCCUGUCUCCAUAAGAUGAGUAAUCAUCAAACACUGCAACUUGUAAUACGGAGCUGCGUUUUAAAGAGCCAAAUUGGAUCUGUCAUGUUGGGGAUGUCCCAAAGCCCUCACUUCCUGCCUGCCGGCAUCUUUCACCGAGUACACGACCCCCUCCCCUUCAAGAUAAAAUCGAGGCUCCUCGAGGCUGCAAGGCUCUUCUUAAUUUGACCUGUGCUUGUUUCUGAGUCUCUAACUCAUUUCUUCUCCGAGGAAACUGAACCAUUUGGGGUUACCUGAAGAGACCACCCUGUAUGUUUCCUCUACCUGGAAUCCUUGUUUCCUCUUCAGACUAGAGAAAUCCUGUGUGUCCUCAAAUACCCACCCCCCCAUCCUACCUUGUCUGUCCCAGGUGGAAACUAGU